UUGACAUUCUCCACCCAAGUUGCUUUAUCGAACAAUAGCAUGACGGCCAUGACGGUUAAGCGCGAAUUCGACGACGACGACAAGACCCGCGUCAAGCGCGUCAAGACCGAGGCAAACGAGAGCAAUCCGUAUCUGGCGCACUGGAACGACGAGCAGCCCAUCAAGAGCGAGGGCGCCGGACUGCGUGGGUUCAAGAAGCAUGCCACGACGUCCAAGCAGGCUUCAGUUGCUGAGGAUGGCCCCAACAAUGCCUUCACGGGCAGGCCGCUGUCGAGCAAAUACAUGAGCAUCCUCAAGCAGCGACGAGGCCUGCCUGUGCACCAACAGAGAGACGAGUUCCUCAAGCUGUACCAGGAGUCGCAGAUCCUCGUCUUCGUCGGUGAGACGGGUUCCGGCAAGACGACGCAGAUCCCGCAGUUCGUCCUGUUCGACGACCUCCCCCAGGAGAACGCCAAGAUGGUCGCCUGCACCCAGCCCCGUCGAGUCGCCGCCAUGUCCGUGGCCCAGCGUGUGGCCGAGGAGAUGGACGUGACACUGGGCGAGGAGGUGGGCUACAGCAUCCGUUUCGAGGACAAGACCAGCCCGAGCACCAUCCUCAAGUACAUGACCGAUGGUAUGCUGCUGCGCGAGGCCAUGCACGACAACAACCUGUCCCGCUACAGCACCAUCAUCCUUGAUGAAGCUCACGAGCGUACGCUGGCUACGGAUAUCCUCAUGGGCCUACUGAAGGAGGUUGUGCUGAGGCGCAAGGACCUCAAACUCAUCAUCAUGAGCGCCACACUCGACGCCACAAAGUUUCAGAAAUACUUCCACAACGCUCCCCUGCUCGCCGUGCCUGGUCGAACACACCCCGUUGAAGUCUUCUACACACCCGCUCCCGAGCGCGAUUACGUUGAGGCCUCUCUGCGGACAGUCCUGCAGAUCCACGCCACCGAGCCUGAGGGCGACAUCCUGCUGUUCCUGACUGGAGAGGAGGAGAUUGAAGAUGCUUGCAGAAAGAUCAACCUCGAGGCGCAAGAUUUGAGUAGAGAAGGAGGCGCAGGGCCGCUCGUCGUGUACCCGCUCUACGGAACACUGCCUCCUGCACAGCAGCAGAAGAUCUUCAACCCUGCACCGCCACCAGCAACACCCGGAGGUCGCCCAGGACGCAAAUGCAUUGUCUCAACCAACAUCGCUGAGACGUCUCUCACCAUUGAUGGAAUUGUAUACGUCGUCGACCCUGGUUUCAGCAAGCAAAAGGUCUACAACCCCCGAAUCCGUGUAGAGUCACUCCUCGUAUCGCCUAUCUCGAAAGCCUCUGCCCAACAGCGAGCCGGUCGUGCCGGUCGUACAAGGCCUGGUAAAUGUUUCCGCUUGUAUACUGAGUCUGCCUUCAAGAAGGAGCUCAUCGAGCAGACGUACCCCGAAAUCUUGCGCUCCAACUUGGCGAGCACGGUCCUCGAGUUGAAGAAACUCGGCGUAGACGACUUGGUUCAUUUCGAUCUCAUGGACCCACCGGCGCCAGAGACGCUGAUGCGCGCGCUUGAGGAGUUGAAUUACCUGGCCUGUCUCGAUGACGAGGGUGAGCUCACCACACUAGGACGAAUGGCGUCUGAUUUCCCAUUGGAUCCAGCUUUGGCAGUCAUGCUCAUCACCUCGCCCGAGUUCUACUGCUCCAACGAGAUCCUGUCGCUCACAGCGCUCCUGUCUGUACCGCAGAUCUUCGUGCGCCCGGCUGCCAACCGUAAGCGCGCAGAUGAGAUGAAGGAACUUUUCGCACAUCCCAAGGGCGACCAACUUACUAUGUUGAAUGUAUAUCACGCGUUCAAGGGCGAGGAGGCACAGGCCAAUCCUAAGCAGUGGUGCCAUGACCACUUCUUGUCUUUCAGAGCACUCCAACAAGCUGACAAUGUCCGUCUCCAGCUCAAGCGCAUAAUGGAGCGUUCAGAGCUGGAGCUCAUGUCGACACCCUUCGAGAACAAGAAGUACUACGAGAAUAUUCAGCGUGCGCUCGUAGCCGGCUUCUUCAUGCAAGUCGCCAAGCGUGACGGCAAUGGCAAGCAGUACACGACUGUCAAGGAUGAGCAGACUGUACUGCUGCAUCCCAGCACAGUACUUGCCGAGGACAGCGAGUGGGUCAUCUACAACGAAUUUGUUCUCACCACCAAGAACUACAUCCGGACGGUGACGUCUGUGAAGCCGGAGUGGCUUCUGGAUAUCUCUCCCAACUACUACGAUUUGGCGUCAUUUAAGAAGGGCGACAUUAAGCAGGCUCUGCAGCGAGAGGCGACCAAGUUCCAGCGCAAGCAGAUGGAGAAGGGACGACGAUGAGUCUGGUAAUGAGGGCUUGUAUGAAUGACAUCGUGUUGGGAUGGCGUUGGGUUGUACGAAUCAGUGACAUUUGGCGUUCAAUUUGCCCAUAGACAGCAAUUUGAUCUCAGCAGACGUCUGCUCUUCAGACAAAUAUAUC